AUGGGCUCAUUCAAUUCUUCCCAUAUCCAACAAGAAGAAAAAGAAGAUCAUCAAAACCACCCAAACAACAACAAUAUCUCAGAUCUACAACUAUACCACCACCACCACGACGUUUCUGAUCAGCCUCCAUUGAUUAUGUCAACAUCUCCAAACAUUUCACCAACCCACCUCCGCCACUUACUCAUUACCUGCGCCGAGCUCAUUUCCCACCUUGACUUCCCUUCCGCCAACCGCCUCAUUUCUCUCUUAUCCUCAAACUCCUCUCCCUUCGGAGACUCCACCGAAAGAUUAACCCACUAUUUUGUCAAAGCCCUCUCUUUCCGCCUCAAUACAAACCCUAAUUACUCUCACACUACUAUCUGCCCAAUGACAGCGCUCACAACUGCCGCCAGUGCGUCCGCGUCCUCCUCCUCCAACUACUUGUUUCCGCCGAUGUUACUCGAGGAGGAGGACGACAACGAGGAGACACUCCACUCGUGUUACCUAACCCUAAACCAGAUAACCCCAUUCAUCCGGUUUAGCCACUUGACGGCCAAUCAAGCCAUCCUCGAAUCCAUAGACUCAUCUCAUCUCUCAAUCCACAUCCUCGACUUCGACAUCAUGCACGGCGUCCAGUGGCCCCCACUUAUGCAGGCCCUCGUCGAGCGUUCCUACAACUCACCACUCCACCCACCUCCCACGCUUCGAAUCACAGCCACCGGCCGCGACCUCACCCUCCUCCUCCGAACCGGUGAGCGUCUCUUGAGAUUCGCUCAGUCACUUGGCCUGGCCUUCCAAUUCCACCCCCUUGUCCUAAACAAUGCAGCCCGGCCGUCGGACUUAAUCUCCCCCUCAACCCUCGGCCUCCACCAAAACGAAGCCCUAGCCGUCAACUGCGUCCUCUACCUCCACACCCUAGUUACGGACGACUCACGUGACCUCCUCCUCUUUCUCCAGAAGAUCAAGUCAUUGAACCCAAAAGUCUUCACCGUCGCCAACAAAGAAGCCAACCACAACAACCCCCUCUUUUUUAACCGCUUCGUGGAGGCUCUCGACCACUACGGCGCCGUCUUUGAGUCCCUCGAGGCGACGCUGCCGCCCAACAGCCGGGAGAGGCUGGCGGUGGAGGAGUGGUUGGGAAGGGAGGUUAAAGACGUGGUGGGAGUCGAAGGAGAGAAGAGGAAGCAGCGGCACGAGAGGUACGAGACGUUUUGGGAGGUGGUGCUGCGGAGGGCGGGGUUUGAGAAUGUGGCUUUGAGUCCGUUUGCGCUUUCGCAGGCGAAGCUUCUGUUGCGGCUUCAUUAUCCUUCUGAGGGUUACCAGCUGAGGAUUCUCAAUGACUCUUUUUUCUUAGGUUGGCAGAAUCGUCCCCUUUUCUCUGUUUCUUCUUGGCACUAA